CCCACCCCAGGACCCCCCGCGCGGCACGAGCCGAUGACGCCCGCAUGCCUCGGACCCAGGAGCAGGUUACACUUCUGGCGCGUUUGCAAAGACCCGGUCAGCGCCCUGCGCGUCCUCCACGAGAGACCACCGAGGCUCCCCCGGGCUCCUGGCGGGCACGCGCAGGCCCUUGGGCCCGGCUGGGAGCCAAUGGCCCUGGGGACAGAGGACCCCCUGCCUCUGGCCAGGGCGGCCGAGGCACUCCAGGGCAGCGCAUCCGCGGGCAGACAGAAGUGCCUCAGCCUGGAGCCCCCAAGGGCGCCCCCUGCCCCGCCCCGGAGGAGGCCCCGGAAGCAGCCAGAGCCCCGGCGGGGCAUGGAGAAACUGGACCCUCAGUUCCAAGGGGUGACCUUGAACUUUGAGAUAAAGCCAGAUGCCAGCCUGCAGAUCACGCCCAGCUACAGCCCGGCCCACAGCAGCAGCCGCCGCCGCACCCAGGAGCCCCCUCCAGGCCCCGCCGGGGGUCCUGAAGCCAACCCCCCGGGAGGCAGUGAGAUGCUGGGGCCUCGGCGCUGUGCUUCCUGUCGGACCCAGAGGACCCCGCUCUGGAGAGACGCGGAGGAUGGCACCCCGCUCUGCAAUGCCUGUGGUAUCAGGUACAAGAAAUACGGCACCCGCUGCUCCCGCUGCUGGCUGGUGCCCAGGAAAAGCGUGCAACCCCGAAGGCUGUGUGGCAGGUGUGGGGUGUCCCAGGGGUCCCGCCAGGGCCCUGCUCAGGACGCAUAGGCCAGCCCUCUCCCCGUGGAGCCUCUGGGGCGGGGGGAGUGAGGAGAGCACCUGCCCACCUCAUGCCUGGCAGGUCCCCUUCAGGGGUCCCGGCUGG